UGCCCGUGGCCACGUUUGCGUCGUCUGGUUCUCACCUUAACAGCCUCGCAUACUCACGUGGUCACAGCCCAACGCUGUCUUAGUGGUUUCGAGUCUUUUAUGCAAGAUUGGUGAGGCGUUUUCGACAAGAAGUAUUUCUCUGCGAAAUGGGAGGGUUGGUGCUCUGAGAGGUGAGCGUUUGCAACCAGUUUGCCGGAGCUCCUCCUCUAACGGCGGAGCGGGUAGAAACAUCACAUCUGCUCAAUGAGAGCAAAAGGGCACGAGAGAGGACACCUCAACAUCAACCUGCUGCGUUACCUUUGCUGUUCCCUCGCCUCUAUUUAAGAGGCUAAUAUGAAGACACAAUUUGGGAAGCCAGACCCUGGAAAACACCUGGAUUUCUCUAUUAGAAUUUGAAGACCAAAGGCAAAAACAUGUAUUGUCUCUGGUAAAACCCAUACGUACAGUAUUUCCACCCAACCACUGAGAUCCAGGACAGACAGCAGCAUCUCAAUGGGUUUGGACCAACCCUGCGUGGAUAUGGUUGAGCAAAUACCCCUGUCAGGUGCCUCGUGCAUGAGGCUCCGCCACCAGCACCUACGGAGGAAGCUGAGGCCUAUGAGGAUCCUGGGCUUCGUCCUGAGCAUAGUAGCCAUAACUGCCGUCUCAUUCUCCUUCAGUGCCUUGACCUGGGGCUACGGGGGGCUCUCUGAACAUGUCCUCCCCCAGGAUACCACCCUUCAGUUGGACUCUACUCCCCACAGGACUCUGCUCUCCACCCAGAACCAGAUGGACCCCAAUGUCUCGGCCGACAUGCCCGUGGCCAUGAGGUCUUCGGCGAACGGGAGCGAAGGCCAAGGGGACUACCCCACGGAUCUUUUCACUCUGGAGGAGAGACGCCAAGGCGCGGUGGUGCUCCACAUGUUUGGCAUGCUCUACAUGUUCAUCGCCUUAGCCAUCGUGUGCGACGAGUUCUUCGUCCCGGCGCUGACGGUCAUCACCGAGAAGCUGGCCAUCUCAGACGACGUGGCCGGGGCCACCUUCAUGGCGGCGGGCGGCUCUGCACCCGAGCUCUUCACCUCGGUCAUCGGGGUCUUCAUCUCUCACAGCAACGUGGGCAUCGGGACCAUUGUCGGCUCGGCCGUCUUCAACAUCCUCUUCGUCAUCGGGAUGUGCGCCAUCUUCUCCAAGGAGAUCCUGAACCUGACCUGGUGGCCUCUCUUCAGGGACGUGUCCUUCUACAUCCUGGACCUAAUCAUGCUCAUUGUGUUCUUCCUGGAUAACCAAAUCACCAUCUGGGAGAGCGUGUCAUUGCUUUCAGCCUACGCUGCUUACGUUAUCUUCAUGAAGUUCAACAGCAAUGUCGAGUCCUUUGUCAAAGGGUGCAUGCACAAGAACCAAGUGGUGGAAGUUGAAGUUCAACCCAAGGAUGUGAAGGCGACUAGUCCAGAAGCACCGGAGGAUGAAAGCAAGCUGUCGGCCAGACCUCGUCUCCAGAGGGGGGGCAGCUCUGCCUCCCUGCACAACAGCUUGAUGAGGAACAGCAUCUUCCAGCUGAUGAUUCACACCCUGGACCCCCUCAGUGAAGAAUUUGCUGACUCUGAACUUGGAACAUAUGGAAAGCUAAAAUAUUAUCACACAAUGACUGAAGAAGGAAAAUUCCGGGAGAAGGCAUCCAUCCUUCACAAGAUUGCCAAAAAGAAAUGUCAAGUGGAAGACAGUGAGAAGGCUAACGGAGCAGCUAGCCGCUCAGAUAAGAAUCUUCCGAACAGCUCCAAUGUGGAGGUGGAGGUGACGCCGCCAAUGAACGGAACUGCAGGACAAGAGGGUGAAGCGGCUGAAGACGAGGAGGACGAGGACCAGCCUCUGAGCCUGUCCUGGCCCGAGACGAACCGCAAACGCCUCACCUACCUCAUCAUCAUGCCCAUCGUCUUCCCCCUGUGGCUCACGCUGCCCGACGUCAGGAAGACGACUGCAAAGAAGUUCUUCCCCAUAUCGUUUUUGGGAUCCAUCAGCUGGAUUGCGAUAUUCUCUUACCUCAUGGUGUGGUGGGCACACCAGGUGGGAGAAACCAUUGGUAUUACAGAGGAGAUUAUGGGGCUCACCAUAUUAGCAGCCGGUACCUCAAUUCCAGACCUGAUCACCAGUGUGAUUGUAGCCAGGAAGGGGCUGGGGGACAUGGCCGUGUCGAGCUCUGUGGGUUCCAACAUCUUCGACAUCACCGUUGGUCUGCCGUUCCCGUGGCUCCUGUGGUCGCUCAUCCAGGGCGUGAAGCCCGUGAGCGUGAGCUCCAACGGGCUUUUCUGCGCCAUCGUCCUCCUCUUCCUCAUGCUCCUCUUUGUCAUCGCCUCCAUCGCCGCCUGCAAGUGGCGCAUGAGCAAGCUGCUGGGCUUCAUCAUGUUCCUGCUCUACUUUGUGUUCCUGGUGGUCAGCGUCAUGCUGGAGGACAAGGUCAUCAUGUGUCCAAUCUCCAUUUGAGCCCCCCCACGCUCCUCCUCUCCCCCCCCCCCUGACCUCUGACCCACCCGACCCCGUGCAGAGGAACUUUGCCAAGUCUCUUCGUGAGUUUGGUUGGAGAACGUUUGGUUUCCGUUUUUAUUUAAUUUUGUACUUUUUGUUGGGACAUCCAAAAGGAAUUAUGAAGCAUGACUGGGUUCAGUUCAUUACUAACCUGUGAGGAAAUAGUAUUAAACUUUUUGGUUCACGAGCAUGGGGGUCUCGGGCAGGGAGAGAGGUAACCCUGCCAUCUUAUGCAUGUCACUUGUUUCAUUACAUACAAUGUGCUGGGUUUGGACACCUGACAGACUGAGCAGGCUGUGUCACAGUCACUUCAACCCUCCCUCUCCCUCCUGUUUAAGCUGCAGUGUGCAGGCAUGAAGGAAAUACUGAGAAAAAAACGUACUGUAAUUGUAGUUACCUGAUUCAGGGCUCAGAGAAUGAUGGAUUUUCAAAUGACGGUUGACAUGUUUGUCAUCUCUGGCUCGAUGAUGAUCAACUCCUGGAUGAAGGGAUGGUGUGCUGUGAGAACGCUGUCUUAGAACGGUGGAGUUUGGUUCAGAGUAAAUGUCCUCCUCUCCUGAGGACUCAAAAGAGGAAAUACUUCGUUUUCCACAUUGUGCAGAUUUGGGGAAAACAAAGACAGUUUUGUUGCAAAUUUCAUCUUGUGCUCUGUCUGAAAGACUUCAAGAAUUCAAUCGAAUACUAUUCUUUGUCCAUUUUAAUUUUACCAUACCACUGAAUGUCUCUUUGAUUUGUUAAUGGAUAUACUACUCAUGGUACCUAGAAGUAGAGUUGUACUGUAGCAGUGUAAGGUCUAGAAUCCUGAGCCCUGGUAUUAGUCUUACCACUAUUCUUCUCACCCACCUGCCAUUAAACACGUGUUUCCAUUGUACAAAGCUUGUCACGCUUUACUCCCAGUUCAGAAUAGUAAACUCUAUACAAGAAGAUUUAAACAAGCCCCAAUUUUAGGCUACUAAAAUAUACAGUAUACUAGCCUUCAAUAUCCUUCACUCUGAAAAACAAGCAUGUGUAGAUUCAGAUAAGACUCUCAUAACCAGUAAGUCAAUGUCACAAUAGAGUAGUAGAUAAACACUUAAUACGAGUCAUGCAAUGGUCUAUUUAGAUUAGUGAAUGUAUGUGCACUCUUCAAAUUUAUCAGACUAUUCAGGCCUCUUGAAUAGGAGUUACAAAAAUAUUGAUUGAUGCAUGAUUGACCACAUUUCCAGAUAAGUGUUGUCAGACCUGUGAGGAGUUCUCUAUAAAACAGAUUUUAAAGAAUAACAUUUCCUAACUCCUUCAAAGUAGAGAGAGUGCUCAGUUUCUCUGUAGACAAUGUCAACAUGUGUGGUUGAAGCUAUCUUAUCAAUCUUGUGAAAUUUAUUUUCUAAUCAAGGGUGCUUAUGUGCAUGUGUGCAAUCUGUAUAUUCUGGCAUCAUAAAAAGACUAUUGGUUAAUGAUAAAGGUAUAUGGUAGGAAAAAAAUGAAUAGAUUAUAUUACCAGGAUUUUUGCAACUAACCGCACAAAUAUACACAAGAAUGCGUUUUUUAUAUUGUUGUUUGAUUAGCUAAUCUCAAGCACUUAUUUUUACACUUGCUCAAGCUACAUAGAAUGUGGAUAUUCACAAAACUAACAGCAAUAUACUGUGUGUAUUGUCAUUGCAUUUGAGAAUAGCGUUCUCAUGCAGUUGUCUCUGCCAUCUUUCUUGUCUAUUGUGAUCUCAUCAACUAACUAGAAAUAAGUUUAUCUUCAAGUCCCCUACUUUUAGAGCUCUAAACUGGCCAGAAACACCGGAAUUACCUCAGCUCAGUCCCUGUGUAGUAUAUUAGCAAGAAUUACCUGUAAAAUAAUGGUAAAUAACUAACAUGAAUGUGUGAGCGUAAUGCAUGCGAGGACGUUGGGCUGGUUACCCAUGAGCUGUACAGGUGAGCUGGAAAAACUGUAAAUGAACUCUUAUGCAUCAACUCAGAAAGAAUUGCUGGUUUCUUUUGUACAUAGAACAGAAACGCUUUCGCUGGAGGCCACACAGAACCGAGCUUUAACAAAGGUAAUUCACAUCUGUGUCGUAUUCAACCUAUUUUUUUACAUUUUCAUUUCCUUUGGUAGAAAAAAAGAGAUUGGCAUGAAAGUGUUCCCAUGUUAUCACUUGAGCAAUAAGAAAGACAAAACAAAAACACUUUUCAUUGAAUGAAGCCACCCUCAAGAGCUUCCCUAGAAGUCAUUGUAAAACUUAUUUUCAGUAUUCCACCCCUAGAGUGUGAGUGCACUAGCUGGGCUGAUAUGAGAGCUUCAUGUAACCACAUUGAUUCUUUGUAGUCCAUAAACAUUAGCCUUUCUUUAGGUGAUAUUAUUGUGUAUCAAUUAACCCAACUAUGUUAGUUCUCCAGCACAUUUCCACUCAAAAACUGCAAAUACAAGCAACUCAAAGAGUUAUUUACUCUUUUGUAACCACACAAGCAGGGUAGAAGGUGGAUUUGUACAGCAGGUAUUUACAACCUGUAUUGAUAGACUAUUGGAAAAACUACAUAUUUUCGGGCAUACUGGGAUCAAUUAUAUUUUCCUUUCAUAGUGCUAACUUGCCCACUAACAGCAGAAAACAGAAACUCCUCUGCCUUACACAGUAGUGAUGAGAGGCCCUCAUAUGAAGGAAAAUACUAUGGUUAUAUUCAAGCUUGCCAGUAGGGUACUGUAUACAGGCCAGAUAGUUGCCAUUCCUCUCUUACACACUAAAACGUACUCAUCCCUUCAUGUAAGUGGGAGAUACUUGCUUGAGUUUACGAUUUAAAUUUCACUGAGAACCUAAAGCUUCUCCUUUUGCCUCCUUAACCUGCUUCUCUCAGUGGCUUCAAUGUCUGGUGUCAAAAGUGCAUAAAUGCAUAAAGAAUUCGAAGUUAUUCAUGUGAGAAAUCAAGAAUGGGCAAAGACACAGUUUUCCAAGUUGAAUAGUACAUUUGUGUGAGCAUGAAUGAAAAAAGGUUUAAAAUGUGAGACUGGUAUUGAUUGCUGAGAAUAGACUAUGAGUCAAUAACCAAUACACAUUCUUGCACUGUAAAUGUUUUUUAUUUUCUUGGUGUUAAUGUAAGAUUUAUUUAAGGUGUACAUAUAUACAGAUACAAAUUAACCAUAUAAUCUAUAUGUGUGAAACAACAUGUCUCUUUACGUAAAGACACAAUGUAUGUAAUAAAAUGAAUAAAGCUGAUAAUGAAAU